ACUCCAACAUCAACUGCAGCGACAACAACUCCAACAUCAACUGCAGAAACAACAACUGCAACAUCAACUGCAGAAACAACAACUCCAACAUCAACUGCAGAAACAACAACUGCAACAUCAACUGCAGAAACAACAACUCCAACAUCAACUUCAGCAACAAAAACUCCAACAUCAACUUCAGAAACAACUUCUCCAAAAUCUACUACAGCAAAAACUUCAACAUCAACUGCAACAACAACAACAACUCCAACAUCAACAACUUUAACAUCAACUGCAGAAACAACAACUGCAGCAACAACUCCAACAUCAACUACAGUGACAACAACUCUAACAACAACUGCAGAAACAACAACUCCAACAUCAACUGCAGAAACAACUCCAACAUCAACUGCAGAAACAACUCCAAUAUCAACUGAAGAAACAACAACUCCAACAUCAAAUGCAGCAACAAAAACUCCAACAUCAACUGCAGCGACAACAAUUUCAAAAUCAACUGCAGAAACAACAACUGCAACAUCAACUGCAACAACAACUGCAACAUCAACUGCAGAAACAACAACAAAAACUCCAACAUCAACUGCAGCGACAACUACACCAACAUCAACUUCAGAAACAACAACUUCAACAUCAACUGCAACAACAACUCCAACAUCAACUGAAGUAACAACAACUCCAACAUCAACAACUUUAACAUCAACUGCAGAAACAACAACUCCAACAUCAACUGCAGAAACAACAACUCCAAUAUCAACUGCAGAAACAACAACUCCAACAUCAACUGCACAAACAACAACUGCAACAUCAACUGCAACAACAACUGCAACAUCAACUGCAGAAACAACAACUGCAACAUCAACUGCAGAAACA